ACACUGAGGCGGCGACCGCGGCGGGAACAGGCGCUGCCCUCGGGGAGCAGCAGCGCGGUCGGCGGCCGCUCGCACCGCUGCAGAGGGGCCGGCCGGGCGCGGAGCGGAGCAGCUGCGCCACGGGUGGCAUUGUGUGUCCCGGAGUGCACGAGCGAGUCCCGGGAGAGCGGCGAGGCCGAGCCCAGAGCACUGGGUGGCUUCGGCAGGGAAGACUCCCUUCCCCCGGCUUCAGGCUGCUGAGCCCUGAGCAGCGCUCAGAAUGGAAGCCAUCGCCAAAUAUGACUUCAAAGCUACUGCUGACGACGAGCUGAGCUUCAAAAGGGGGGACAUCCUCAAGGUUUUGAAUGAAGAAUGUGAUCAGAACUGGUACAAGGCAGAACUCAAUGGGAAAGAUGGCUUCAUCCCCAAGAAUUAUAUAGAAAUGAAACCACAUCCGUGGUUUUUUGGCAAAAUCCCCAGAGCCAAGGCAGAAGAAAUGCUUAGCAAACAGCGGCAUGACGGGGCCUUUCUCAUCCGAGAGAGUGAGAGUGCCCCCGGGGACUUCUCCCUCUCUGUCAAGUUUGGAAAUGACGUGCAGCACUUCAAGGUGCUCCGAGAUGGAGCAGGAAAGUAUUUCCUCUGGGUGGUGAAAUUCAAUUCCCUGAACGAGCUGGUAGAUUAUCACAGAUCGACAUCCGUCUCCAGGAACCAGCAGAUAUUCCUCCGGGACAUAGAACAGGUGCCACAGCAACCGACGUACGUCCAGGCCCUCUUUGACUUUGAUCCCCAGGAGGAUGGAGAGCUGGGAUUCCGUCGGGGAGACUUUAUCCACGUCAUGGAUAACUCAGAUCCCAACUGGUGGAAAGGGGCCUGCCACGGGCAGACCGGCAUGUUCCCCCGCAAUUACGUCACCCCUGUGAACCGGAACGUCUAAGAAUCAAGAAGAGAUUAUUUAAAGGAAGUGAAAAAUUUCAAACACAAAAGAAUGAAACCCACGAGCUGCCUUAACAGCAGCCUGUGAGGGAGCUCAGAACACCUGUCGGGGUCACCUGGUGACCCUCACUUCGGUUGGAACUUUGGGAGGGGUGGGAGGGGGCGUUGGAUAUAAAAAUGCCAAAACUUACCUAUAAAUUAAGAAAAGAGUUUUUAUUACAAAUUUUCACCGCUGCUCCUGUUUCUCCUUUGUCCUCUUUUUCAUCCUUUUCCUCUUCUGUCCAUCAGUGCAUGACGUCUAAUGCCACAUAUAGUCCUAGCUGAUGCCAAUAAUAAAAGAAAAGAAACCAAGCAGGCUGGUAUUUUCUCUCUGCAAAAUGUCUGUUGUAGUCGAGUGACUGAAGGAAGGACAGCGUGGCUGGGUUCCUCGUGCGCACGCAGGAGAGGGCGGGCGGCCGGCGGCCCUUGCUGGGCGGCUCCUGCCAGACGGGGGUGGGGGGCAGCCCGCGGCCGCCAGGGUCUUGCGACAAAGUUGGAAAUGGAGCGGGGGCAGAAGGUAGGACUGUUCCCCUCAUGGCUUCCUGAACAAAGUCAAACUAAAAACCUUGGUCUCUUUUCUACACUGUUUUCCCUUCCACAUGGCAUUACUGAGCAUGUUGGUUUUUUCCUAGUGCCUUUUUCCUUAUUUCAAGAGUUGCUUAUGAGUGGUUUUUUUUUAUUUGUUUUAAAAUAAGUUAAAGACAGUCCGGAGCUUUUUCAGCCUCUGUGUCUCCUCCUCUGUGUAAAUAGUCCUCCCCCCCGGGGAAGGGAGAGCAGGUGGAGGAGCCAGGCACGGGCAGGGGGCGCGGGCAGGGGGCGCGGGCAGGGGGUGCGGGCGGUCUGCCUGUUCUCAGCCACGAGUCUUUAAGGUUCAGCUUUAAUGUUUGUCAGCCCUCUGGAGUCCGCCGUGGCUGUCCCAGGGGUGCCGUGCCGGCCGGCCGCUGCUGGGGAAGGAGAUGGUCCGGCUCUGUCCAGCGCUUCCCACCUCAGACUGGAUCUGGCUGCGGGGGGCUGUGAGAGCCCUUGACCUUGCGAACCCGGCCGUUGCCUGCCCCUCCUCCGCUCCAGCGCCCCCCAGAGAAAACACCCUGGAGCCUGCAAGUUUCAAACCCAGGAAAGCCGAAGGGACUUCAGCUGUCGCUCUGUGACCGGAUCGGGUUAUAUACUGUGUUCCCACACUGGGGUGGAGCCUGGGAGCUUUCAUUUUUCUUGCUCUGAAAAUCCGAGGUAUCCGUUCAUGGCUUUCAUCUUCUGUGUCCCCUGCCUGGCCUGCCCGGGUGAGCACGAGGGCAGCGUGCGGGCAGCAGCCGGGUUUUCGAGGCUCCGUCCGCUGUGGGCUAUGUCUGUAGCUGCUGCCCCUUCUCCCCCAAGCAAGUGUCUCCGUGAAGCAGGGACGGUUGGGGAAGGACGAGUGGGAAAUGUAGGAAGGCCAAGGCCAUCGCAGAGCUCCCUCUUCCGCCUUGUCAGCUGCUUGUCCCUCGUAGUGAUGUGCCUGUGAACUUUUUCCUCCCGAUCCCCUGCCCGCAUCAAAAACGGGGCUCCCUGGGAGCUGGUGACGGCCUUUGGGUUCUGAAGUGGUCGGUUGGAGUCUCCCCUGGACUCUGCUUAUGGAGCCGGACUCAGCCUGGAGUGCUCAGGCCCCGGAGGCAGCUGCUCUUCAGGACAGAGCGCCCGCCCUCUUGCUCUCUUUCUGGUAGCUUCUUUCCUCGGUGAUGAUAAAAGGAAUCUCUGGCAUUCUACACCUGGACCAUUUGAUUGUUUUAUUUUGGAAUUGGUGUAUAUCAUGAAGCCUUGCUGAACGAAGAUGUGUGUGUAUAUAUUUAAAAAAAAAAUCAGUGUUUAAAUAAAAAGACCUAUGUACUUAAUCCUUUAACUCCGCGGAUAGCAUUUGGUAGGUAGUGAUUAACUGUGAAUAAUAAACAUCCAAUGAAUUCUUCA